GCUAGUCUGGGCUCGCCGCUUUCGGUGCCCAGGAGGGAAGUGAGCAGAAAGUAAAAGGCCGACGGAGGAGCCCCUAGAAUCUCUGAGGGCGGUCGGUCGCUAGCCUGGAGACUGAGCGGGAGAAAAUGCAGGUGCCGGAGGAGGUUGGCCGGGCGGUUUGCGCGCCGCCCGACCCCGAGGGCCUUCAGGUGCAAGGGGGCGGGGGCUGCAGGCGUCCGGCCGCGGAGCCGGGGCGGGCCGAGCCGCGGGGCAUUUAAACCCGGCAGUCUGCCAGCGAAGGACACGCGCCCCGCGCCGUCCCCAUCUUCGGCCACCCUCUCCGCUUCGGACACCGGCCGGCGCGAUGCGGUCUGCCUUGGCCCCGGGUGUCUGGUUCCUCCGCGCCUUCUCCAGGGACAGCUGGUUCCGAGGCUUCAUCCUGCUACUCACCUUCUUCAUUUAUACCUGUUAUCACAUGUCCAGGAAGCCCAUCAGUGUUGUCAAGAGCCGUCUGCACCAGAACUGCUCGGAGCUGAUCAAGCCCAUUAAUGACAGCCACAGUCUCAACGACACUACGUGGUGCGACUGGGCUCCCUUUGACAAGAACAACUACAAGGAGUUACUGGGGGCCGUGGACAAUGCCUUCCUUGUGGCCUAUGCCAUCGGCAUGUUUAUCAGCGGGAUUUUUGGGGAGCGGCUCCCCCUCCGUUAUUACCUUUCAGCUGGAAUGCUGCUCAGUGGCCUCUUCACCUCGCUCUUUGGCCUAGGAUAUUUCUGGAACAUCCACAUGCUCUGGUACUUUGUGCUCAUCCAGAUCUGUAAUGGGCUUGUCCAGACCACAGGCUGGCCCUCUGUGGUGACCUGCGUUGGCAACUGGUUCGGGAAGGGGAAGCGGGGGCUUAUCAUGGGCAUCUGGAACUCACACACGUCUGUGGGCAACAUCCUGGGCUCCCUGAUCGCUGGCAUCUGGGUGAAUGAGCAGUGGGGCCUGUCGUUUGUGGUGCCUGGCAUCAUCACCGCUGCUAUGGGUGUCAUCACCUUCCUCUUCCUCAUCGAAUACCCCGAAGAUGUGGACUGCACGCCUCCUCAGCACCACACGAGUGAUGGGUUGGAAGAGAACCAGCACAACCCUGAGGACCUUGGGAGUGGUCCGUACACUAACAAGGAGAGCAGCCUGGAGACCCCCGCCAGAUGCUCCAAGGAGCCAAGCGCUCAGCCUGCCGCCAUCAGCUUCCUCGGGGCGCUCCGGAUCCCGGGUGUGGUUGAGUUCUCUUUGUGUCUGCUCUUUGCCAAGCUGGUCAGUUACACCUUCCUCUACUGGCUGCCCCUCUACAUCUUCAAUGUGGCUCAUUUCAAUGCCAAACAGGCUGGGGACCUGUCUACCCUCUUUGAUGUUGGUGGCAUCAUAGGUGGCAUCAUGGCAGGGCUCAUCUCUGACUACACCAAUGGCAGGGCCACCACCUGCUGCAUCAUGCUGAUCUUGGCUGCCCCCAUGAUGUUCCUGUAUAACUUCAUUGGUCAGAGUGGGAUUAUCAACUCCAUAGUAAUGCUGAUCAUCUGUGGGGCCUUGGUCAAUGGCCCUUACGCGCUCAUCACCACUGCAGUCUCUGCUGACCUGGGAACUCACCAGAGCCUGAAAGGCAACGCAAAGGCACUCUCCACCGUCACGGCCAUCAUCGACGGCACUGGGUCCAUAGGUGCAGCUCUGGGGCCCCUCCUGGCUGGCCUUAUUUCACCCACAGGCUGGAACAAUGUCUUCUACAUGCUCAUCUCUGCUGACAUCCUGGCCUGCUUGCUCCUCUGCCGGUUGGUGUACAAAGAGAUCCUAGCCUGGAAGUCAUCCCUGGGCAGAGACAGAGGGUAUAAAGAAAUAUGAGGCCUUGAUUGGAAGAGAGGCACGGAGGGCCCCAGCUGAUUCCCAAAGAGCUCUCCCCCUCCCGCCACCGGGGGCAAGACUAUGGAAACUGCCAGCGAUGGCUGAUGGAAGCCUCUUGACCUAACACCAGCCAGCCCACAGGGCUGCUAAGGGGCUAGGCGAUUCUCCAUGGAAGGGACCACCAACAUGGGGAAUGGAAGACUCAAGGGCCUGCGCUCUGGAAGCCGCAAGCAGAAAGGAUGGGGAUCAGAGCUGAGCGGUGUCUCCAGCUUGCUAAGGGGAGGAUAUGCUCAGACUCUAGCUUGUUCAGAUUCCAAGACCGAAGGCAGAGGCUUGACAUGGACCAAGGCUUGGCAAAGGUGUGUUCUCCUUCCCGUGUUCAGUUUGAACCUCCGUGACCAGCCUGUACCUGUCGGUGGAUUUCCGACCCUGUUUCGGAGCUGCCCAGCCUCACCUGGCUUCUUCAUCCACCAGCCGGUUUUCUCGUGUAUUCCCCCACGUUGGAAACUCUUCUCCCUUGCAUUUGAUCCUGUCUCUAACUCCUGACCUGAGUCGAUUAAAGUGUUACUGCUAUAUCCUCCGGGGCCAGGACUAGGGAGAUGCAAGGGAGGUGCCAAUGGUGCAAAAGUUAGGGAGGCAUCACUCUUGGGCUUGGGCCUGGGCCUGCGCCGCCCUGGAGAGUGAAGGCCUCCCUUGCCUCAGUCUCCUGCCAGCCCUCUGCGUCCCCAGGGGAAGAGCAAACACCAGUGCAGUGCUGGGGAGGGAGGGAGGCAUGACUGAAAACACCAGCGUGUGGAUGGUAGUUGCAGAGUGCUCACUGCUUGCUAGCCCUACUCCAGGAACGGAGCAGACGGUGGACACAGAGCAAGGACUUCUGCCCUGAGCACAGGCACCAGCGCGACGAGACUAGCAGGAAAGAAGGUUGCGUGGUUCAUUCCCGCAGCUGUCACAUGUGUAGAUGCCUGGAGCGCUCUGCAGCCUGCCUUUUCUCCCCCAUGUUCCCCAUGUACUUAUCCCAGCCCACCCCCCCCAAUCCUGGAAUGCUGCCUGCCAGGCCGGCUCUUGGCGUUUCUCCCUGUCCUCCGGAGCCACCCAUCAGCACAGUACAGAUUCCUGUUGCCCACUGUGCCUGUGCUCGCCCUCAUUAGGGCCUGGCCCAGUCGCAUGGGUUGUUGGGGUCCCAGGACCACGGGGUUCGUGUACUGGGGCUGCUUACAGCGGGCAUUCCCUGGGGAGAUGCUCAUGGCCACGCUGAUGACCCCGGGUCAAAUGGGGAGCUGGAGCCACAUACCAGGUACAGCCGUCACAUUCACUGGGACACCUGGGCCAGUGCAGCACUGAGAUAGGUGGCUCCCACUGCUGCGGUGACACACCGGUAAGCCUUUGACUUGCCUGCCGCUCACCCUGACUUGGAGCCAGUCAGGGACCUUGUCCUCGGGAGCCCCAGGGCCAGGCCUUACAUCCAGCAUUCUCAGAUGCUUCUUUCAGAGCAGACACUAGAUGGUGCCACCAUCCCCCGGCAAAGCCUGGCAUGGGCCACACACCGUUCCUGCUUCCAGAUGGGGAGGCGGGAGCAGAGGGUGCUUCGUUAGCCAACUUUCGGCCUUCUUUCCACUGCACCAGGUCGGGGUAGGAGCCCUGGGAGACCUCCUCUGGUGGUGGGGGACUUCCGCGUCCCUGGCCCCACCACUGGCUACCUUUAAGCCUGUGUCCUCAUGGAGAGAAAAUAGUCCUACCCUUGCCUACCUCGAAGGACUGGUGUGAAGGGAGAGGAGUCAGUGGUAAACACACUCCCCGUCCCCCAGGAGCUUGUCUGGGGGAGGGGUAAGUGAGAAAUAUGAAAACAAUAGGAGAAAAACACUGGAGGUAGUGACUGGAGCAGAGACAUCCUUCCCUAUGCCUGAAGGGAGAGGGGCCAGAGGGUGGGUGAUCCCGGGGCAGGAGGAAAGAAUGUGUAAGGUGUCAGAAGGAGGAAUGCCUGGGACUUGGGCAGGUGGUCAGUUUGAUAAGGUCUGGAGGGGACCUGGAAGAGGAAGGGAGUUAAUACCAAUACAGAGCAAGCCCCUACAAGUGCAGCAUGGGGACUGGAAAAGAAACAAGAGGUGCCAGCUGGUGCCUGGGCCCAGGGUAGGCAUGGCACCCGCAAUCAGCAGAAGGCUUGUGGAGCUCAACGCCUGGCUCAGAAAUGAGGACUUGGGCUGUGGGAGGGAGUUUGGGGGAAACACCAAAGGUGGAAAAUCCCUAGCCCUGAGAUCUGUCCCUCUGCCCUCGUCUCCCAGGUCCCAGGUUCCCUGCCCUUCUUCAGCUCUGUGCUCGGACCGUUCCCCCACAAGCCUGCUACCUGCCUUCUCUCUGGGCCUCAGCACUCACUUGGGGCUAAUGCAGGAGCAUUACGUUAAUUAGUUAUUCAUUUAAUUUAACUUCACAUUUGGUCUCAAUUAAGCUUAAAGUGUUCUUCCUUAUAGAUGUUACAAUAGCACUUGUAAUUAAAAAGCAAUAACUCUUUGCAUUUCUCCUUUAGAGAGCCAUUGGGAGGCUGGGGUGGUGUGUGGUUGGGGGGGGGGGUGCGGGAAAGAAGUAAUGAAAAGAAAGGGAACCCUUGGCACUCUGAGGCUUUCAGCAAGACUGAAGUUGGGGGAAAGGAGACUCAACACAUCAUGGGUGUGGGGUGGGGGCCCUGGGGACCAGAGAGUGCUCCUGGAGAUAAGGGGGCAGUGAGGUGGGGAGGGUGUAAGGAGGCGAUCCUUAGACAUGGAGGGUGGGGCCUGAUAUUCUGUGGCUGGCAGAACAAUGCCCCCCCCCCCCAAAGAUGCUCACAGCCUAAUUCCCGGGGCCAUGAAUAUGUUAAGCGCAGAUGUGAUUAAGGACCAUGAGAUGGGGAGACUAUGCUGGAUUAUCAGGGUGCGCUCCUUAAUCAAAGAGGCAGGCAGGAGUGUCUGUUGUCGGAUUAGAAGAUGCUGGCUCUGAAGACAGAGAAGGGUAUACUGGUGCAAGAGCAGCCUCUAGACACUAGAAAAGGAAAGGAAAUGGGAUUCUCCCCGAGAGCCUCCAAAACCUUUAUAUUAGCCUCGUGAAACCUAUUUCAGAUUUCUGAUCUCCCAAACUGUAUAAUAAUAAAUCUGUAUUCUUCGAAACUGCCAAGUUGGUGGUAAUUUGUUACUACAGCAGUAGGAAGUUAUUACAUGUUCCCAGUGUAAAACUGGGACAUCAAUUUGAAGACAGAAAAAACAAAGAAAUCCCCAAAGAGUAAAAGAAAACAAGUGGAGGGGAUGGCUAUGUAGCAUUUAGGUACAGCAUAAACGCUACCCAUGUUAACUACCCUGAGUUCUUCUGAAGGCAGGGCCUGUGCUAAAUGCACAUUCUUCAGGAUUCCCAACAUGAUGUGAUGAAUACCAGAAAAAGAAACUUUCUUGUUCUGUGGUGUUGGGCCCAGAUUUUGAUCCCUGUCAUUUCUUCGGUCCCAAGAAACUGAGACAAGAAGGGUGUGUGUUGGGGUGGGGUUGGGGGCUGGGGUUCUGGAAACUUUUUUCCUUGAGUAAACGGCAACCACCAAUAAUGAUGUUAGAAAGAGAGAUCAAGAAACAAAUACAUUCUUGGUUUGUGGCUUUCAUUCUUCCAGUGGCGCUUCUGAAAACCAACCCAAGUAUCAAACAUUCCAGUGGACCGUGCUUAAGAGAGAGAUGGCUGUGUGUGUCCUUGAAAACUCCAUGUAUGGGCUGCUCCACUGAAUCUCUCUCUCAGCCACUGAGGAGCCAAGUCCAACAGGGCAAAGACCCACCAAAAACACAGGGUAGAUGAGAGCACUUGUCUGUGAGGUCCUAUGUAGCUUUUGUCUCUUUGUCUCGGACUCUUGCCCAAUCCUAAGAUUCUGGGUUUUCCACUAGACUCAGUUGCUGCUUUUUUGGUAUUUCUAUCAACUGGAUUUACAUCACUUGACCUUGGUCCCUCGUUUUUCUUUAUUUUUAUUUUAUGGAGCAAGAUAGUGUAAUAUAAAGUAUGUAAAAGCUUAGACUGGAGCCAAACCAUCUGAUUUGAAAUCCUGACUCCUAUUUAACCUUGAGCUAAGUGACCUCAAGCAAAUCACCUCACCACUCUGUACCCUGUCCCCAUCCGUGAAAUGGGGAUAGUAAGAGUACCUACCUCAUAGGGUUGCUUAUGAGGAUGACUUAAUAUUUACAAAGCAUUUAGGAAAAUGCUUAGAACACGUUUGGUAAAUAUAAUGAAAAUUGUGAUUUCAGCCUGUGAGGAAUAGAAUAUUUCCAAGUAUUGGGAUGGAAACAGAGAAUAAAGAUUGAACCCUAUGAACUAUGAAA